AUGAGCUUCCAAACAAGCAGCAUGGACUACACAUUCGAGUCCCUCACCUUACUCGACAAGUUCACCCUCUUCCGCAAACUCCCGCUUGAGAUUCGGCGCAAGGUCUGGCGUGACUCAACAGAGGGUCGUAUUGUCACCAUCAAGGAUGCCAGUACUUGGGUCACCAUCCAUAGUGUUCAAGAGUGGGUUUAUCGUGUUCGUGCCGUCUACACGCUUCCAGUAAUCCUGUCAAUCUGCCGCGAGUCCCGCGAUGAAGCCAGGAAGAUGUACCAUUGGACCUUCGGCCAUCGUCUCCCCCACCCCAUCCCAUUCAGCUUCUGUAUCGAUACUCUUCUGAUCGACGGCCCCGAUGGUGCUUGUACCUUUAAUACCUUCGUUGAUCCACCAGAGGUUAAAGAUCAGUUUCUCGCUCACCAAGAACUCCUGCUCAUGCACGCCAACUUGCAGACCCUGAUCGUAGCAGGUGAUGACAUGUACCUCUACACCUCCGAAGACGUUGCUGGUUUCUACAAUCUGCGACUCCUCGUUCUCCCUUGGAAGACUGCCGGCAACGACAAUCAGCUCCGUGCCUGGAUGCAGGGAAUCUGGCAGCGCAAGCUGAUGGAGGCUAAGGUUGAACUGACAGCUAAAUUGGAGCUCAAGCAGGCUGCUAUCUUAGCUGCUGCUGAAGAGGCAAAAGCUAGGUUGGCUGCUGAGAUGGAAGAUAUGAGCGACGAGGAGAGAGAGGAAGCCUUCCGGAAGGCGGACACGGAUAAGCAUAUCAUGGCUAUUGAAGAGGGUAGAGAGCUGCAGCGGUUGAGGAAGACCAAGACUGAAGUUAUGUUUACGAACGGGCUGGGUGUUGAGGCCUGGCUUGGUGAGGGCAUUGAGAUUACGAAGCCUAUAGUCAAGACAAUCGGCAACUUGAAAUCUUGCACCCAAUGA